AUAGAUUUAGAUUGAAUAGAAUCAUAGUCUGAACUGACUUCUAUCAUUGGAUAGAAUUCAUAGAAACCACAGUUAAUGAUUUAAGUAUAUUACUGGCUGCAUGCAAAGUACAAUGUGGCAGUGAAUGUGCCCUGUUAAAUCAAGAUGGCUGCUAGUCAUAGUGAGAAAUUUUUAGCUGCUGGUUUGAAGAUGAUUGAUAUUGGGGCUAAUUUAAAUGAUUUAAUGUUUAGAGGAAUUUAUCAUGGCAAGCAACAUCAUCCUGACGAUUUAGCAUCAGUUUUGAAAAGAGCAGUUGAUAUUGGUGUUAAUAAGAUGAUUGUGACCUGUGGUUGUUUAGAUGAUAUAAAAAAAGGUCUUGAAAUCAGUAAAACAAGAGAUGAUUUGUACUGCACUGUUGGUUGUCAUCCCACUCGAUGUGAUGAGUUUGAGAAAGAAGGAGAUCCAGAUGUUUAUUUCAAUCGUCUACUUGAAAUAAUUCAAAAUCAUAAUAAAAAAGUUGUGGCUGUUGGCGAGUGUGGACUAGAUUACGAUCGCUUGCAUUUUUGUUCCAAAGAAACUCAGUUAAAGUAUUUUGAAAAGCAAAUUGACUUGGCAGAAGAAACGAAGUUGCCAAUGUUUCUUCAUAUGCGUAACGCUCAUACAGAUUUUUCUGACAUAAUAAAACGAAACCGGGAUAGGAUUAGCUCUGGCGUUGCUCAUUGUUUUACUGGCAAUAAAGAAGAGGCACACUCUAUUAUUGACCAAGGACUAUAUAUUGGUUUAACCGGAUGCUCAUUUAAAACAGAGGAGAAUGUUGAAGUUGCGAAAUCAAUUCCAGUUGAAAAUCUCAUGAUCGAGACAGAUGCACCGUGGUGUGAGAUCAGACCUACACACGCCGGAUUUAAGUACAUCAAGACGAGGUUUGAUACGAAGAAAAAAGAGAAAUGGCAAGAGGGAUUUUGUGUGAAGAGCAGAAAUGAACCAGCAAAUCUAAUACAAGUUUUAGAAGUUCUCGCUGCAAUCAAGGAACAAGAAGUUUCUGAACUUGCUGAAAUUGUUUAUCAGAACACAACAAAUGUAUUUUUUAAAUAACAGUUAUCAAAAUGAUUGAUAGGUGUCAUCAUAUGAGACACGCUAAUUUAUCAUAAAUUUUAUGUCGCGUAAAUCUACCCUCGCCUGCUGAACUGUUAUUUCUGUAAGCUGAAUUCCAUUGCCGUCUGUACAUGGUAAUUGUCAAAGAUACAAAGCUGGCAAUAUGUGUUUUGUCCAUCACAAAUAUCCGACCGCAAUUUAUUCUAAUUUUGAG